GAUGUUAGUUUUAUUAUUACUGAUGUUUAUUAUGAUUAAAUUUUAUUAGGACCGUUGUUUUCAUUUUUAUUUCCGCUGCUAUUUGGUUAUUGACCGGUAAUUAAGAAAAAGUCAACAUUAUAAUUAUGCAAAAUUAGGUAGAGGAUCAGUAUAACUGAAUGGGUUGCAAAAAGUCUAAAGAAAUUGAAACAUCAAAGGAGCAAGUUUUUAGCUGGGAUCGUGCAGAUAGACCAGAUCCUAAAGAUUUUACUAUUGCUAACAUAAAUGAUUCUGUCUGUGGGCGCUUGCCUGGUACCGUUAAUGGUCAGCAAUUCGUUAUUCAAAAGUGUACCAACAGCUCUAUAUAUAUUUUUGACUUCUCAGCAAUGGUUACAAUAGAUGAUUGCGAAAACUGUAAAUUUUUUAUUGGUCCUGUUAAGGGAAGUAUAUUUCUGCGCAAUUGUAAAAACUGUCAGUGCAUUAUAGCUUGUCAGCAAUAUCGUGCAAGAGAUUGCAGAAAGAUUGAUGCUUUUUUAUUGUGUGCUAGCCAACCUAUCAUUGAAUCAUGUAGUUCUAUGCGCUUUGGAUGUUUUUCUUUUUUUUACCCUGAGCUUCAAGUUCAAUUCAAAAAUGCCGGUUUAAGUGUUUUUAAUAAUAACUGGAGUUCAGUUUAUGACUUUACACCUGUUCAAGAUGGUAAUUGUAAUUGGAGCUUCUUGCCAGAAAAUUUAUCAGUUGAAACCCUUGUUCCGAAACCAAAUAAUGAAGCUUUUUCAAAUAUAGAUAUUCGAACUGAUCAUAAAUUGAGUAUUGUGCCUUUUUCUAGAGGAAAGCUUGAUAAAAGGUAUGACGACUCCUGCCUACUUGUUUUUUUUGCUAAAGUAAAAAAUGAUUGUAAACUUUUACUUGAAAAUCUUCAUCAAAAAGCCUCAUUUGAUUUGAUACAAUCUAAAGAAAUCAAAAUCAACCCAGAUGAUGCUUCUAGAAUAUUUAGGGAUGAAAAAUAUUGCAAACUAGUUGAUCAAGGUCCCCUAAUAGGUUUAGAGUUGAAUGGUGAUAAUAUUAUUCAACAAGUUGAAUCUGUUUUAAAAAGAAUGUCUAUCAGUCUCAAUGAUGUUUAUUUGACAACAGAUCAGAGAUUCGCUAAAAAGGAUAUUGAUGCAUUUUAUAAUUUUGUUGACAUGACAAUGACUUAAAAAUAUCUAAAGUAAUGAGGUUUCUAUAAAAACAAUUUUAAAUAAAAAGUAUUUAUUUUAGGAAAUUUAAGAAAUUAAAAUAUUGUAAAGGUUUUUAAUUUAUACAUUUAAUAAUAUAUUAAUAAAAGAAAUUAUUA